GGUGGAUAUAGAGCAGCAGUUGAAAGCGUUGGUGGGCGAAAAGGCCGAAUUUCGGGGCGUGCAGAGACCAGCAUUAAAGGCUAUUAUGCACUAUAAAAGCCCGGUAGUUGCUAUUAUAGGCAUAGGUAGAGGCAAGAGCGUGUUAUUUAUGUUGCCAGCAUUGUGUUCAACAGGCGUAACAGUAGUAGUUGUGCUAUUAGCGCAGGUUGUGUUGGUUACGCCGGAGUCGGCGGUUAGGAAGGCAUUUGGCAAUUUUAUUAACCGACAGCAGUCGAUAGGACGGUUGGACCGGAUUGUGAUUAAUAAAUGCCACGUAAUUUUGGAUUUAGUAGGCGGGUGGAGGAGCAGGAUAUUGGCGUUGAGGAAUUUAGUUAUAAUAGAAACGCAGUUGGAAGAGGACGCAGUUGUUAAGUUGGUAGAGAGUUUAAAGCAGAAGCACGCGGGGGGGCAGGUAAUUGUAUAUUACGACACGGUAAAGAAGACAAUUCGAUUGGCAGAAGUUUUAGAGUGCGUUUGUUUCCACCGAAACGUGGGAAGCAGUAAGAAGAAGAGCGAGUUGGUAAAGCAGUUAACUAAAGGGCGACAGCAGGUGUUCACGGCCACAAACGUAUUAGGGUUAGGUAUUAAUGCGCCAAUAAUUCGAGCGGUAGUGCACGUUGGAACAAUUCGAAAAAUGCGGCAUUACGCGCAGGAGAGCGGAAGGGCAGGGCGUGAUGGGCGGAAGAAUAAAAGGGGCGUUGUUUAUAAGCAGGAUUUCGGGGAGGAUGUUAAGGAGGAAAUACAGGGAUUUAUUGUAGGUAGGGGUUGCAUAAGAAAGAUAAUUAACGGUGCAAUAGAUGGGAACUAA